AUGAACGUGACAGUUGAGGACACUUCUUUGUUGCCUACGCUUGUGGCAAGAUGGCCUCUAGUCUUUACAGCUCUCAUCACCCUCAUCCCUGUCAUUGCCGCAAAAUGGGGUUUCAAGAAGGAUCGCCUGGGUCACAUACCAAGCGUGGGAGCCGGCAGAACAAAAGAGCAACGAAGACAGGAAUUCAUGGCGCCAGGAGGAGCCAGAGGGCUUUACAGAGAAGGGUAUGAAAAGUUCAAAGGUCGCGCAUUCCAGAUUAUGACUGCAAGCGAACUGCCAACCGUGGUCAUCCCCCCAAAGUUCAUCCCCGAGCUUAAGAAGCUGUCCGACACUGUCUUGGGGUUCCAGGAGGCCACCGAUGAGGCCAUCAACAAUCAGUAUCUUGACAUCCCGACCGACACAACAAUGCUCGCACAUACGGUCAAAGUCUCGCUUACGCCAGCCCUUGCACGCCUUAGCCCAGCCAUUGCUGCCGAAGUAACGCAUGCCAUUGACACAGAGCUCCCUCCGUGCAAGGACUGGACCGAGGUCCCUAUCAACAACAAGCUGUUUAGAAUUGUUGCGAUGGCAUCCGGGCGGGUCUUCGUCGGACCGGAACUUUGUCGCAAUGAAGCCUAUCUCGACACUGCUAUUAACUAUACCGUCGACAUGGUCAACGCAGUUCUUGGUGUGAUGGGUCUGCCAGCUUGGCGGCGGAGAUUCUCAAGCCGAAGGCUACCUGAAGUCAAGAAACUAUUUCAGCGUUUCAAAGAAGCUGAAAACUUUCUAGGGCCAGUGGUCACGGCCCGACGAGAUGCCAUGGCGAAAGCGGACUACGAGAAGCCCGAUGAUAUGUUACAAUGGUUGAUUGAUGCCCAGGACAAAUCCAAGCACGGCUCACGCAACGAUGCGGAGCUGGCAAUUUGGCAACUAGGUGCCAGCUUUACUGCAAUUCAUACUACGACGGCGACAGCGACGAACGCAUUGUACACAUUAGCAUCGAUGCAAGACAUCAUCCCGGUCCUUCGAGAAGAGAUUCAAGAAGCACUUGCAGGGUCCGGCAACGAGUUCACCAACGCUGCGUUGCAGAACAUGGUCAAGCUGGAGAGCUUUCUCACCGAAUCAAUGCGUACUUAUCCCAUGAGUGCCGCGAAUGCUCAGCGCAAGGUUCUCCAACCUUUCACUCUUUCCAACGGCCAAACGAUCCCAUCUGGUGUCCUCAUCGAACUACCAUCGGCCGCCGUCAACAUGGACGAUAAUCUCUAUCCCUCAAGCAGCCAGUUUGGUGCCUUCCGGUUCUCCAAGUUACGGCAAAACAAGGUCAAAGCUACAGAAGAUGGCACCGAGGUUGGUCACUUGUUCUCGAGCGUGGGACAAACGAGUUUGAACUUCGGGUUCGGCCGACACGUCUGCCCAGGUCGCUUCUUCGCGUCUGUCGAGAUCAAGAUGAUCGUUGCCAUAAUUCUGUUGAACUUUAACAUCAUGCUCGCGGAAGGCGAGACAGAGAGAUACAAAAACAUUGAAAUUGGCGUUCAGUCCAUGCCGGACCCCGCGAAGACAAUUCGACUAAAACGACGCUCAUAA